CUGUUAAACAGUAAUAAACUGAAACUGCUGUCGCACAAUGCAUGCAGUCCGAGAGAGUAUGACAGUGGAUACAUCGUUUGUGUUUGUAAUGCCUCCUACUGUGACGACAUUUUGCCGUCAAGUUUCACAGCGAAGAAUCAAGUGUUUAUGUACACUUCGAGUAGAAGCGGCAAACGUAUGGAAAGAAAGGAACUGGCCUGGACAAAAAAUUCGAAGCUUGCUAUGGUCAAUCACGCUUCAGCAUAUAUGAUAAAAAUUGACCCGCACAUUCGUCGCCAGACGAUGUACGGUUUUGGCGGUGCAUUUACCGACUCAACUGGAUUCAACAUUGCGUCGCUGUCCAGUGCUACUCAGAAACAUUUGAUGGAAUCAUAUUUCGGACCAGGAGGCAUCGAGUACAAUCUGGGUCGAGUGCCCAUGGCCAGUUGUGACUUUUCGUGGCGAGUUUACUCUUACGAUGAUACUGCGAACGACUUCAGCUUGGACUUCUUUUCUUUGACCGAGGAAGAUUUUCUCUACAAAGUCCCUUAUAUAAAUUGGGCUCGAAAAUUAGCCCGUCUUCCAUUGAGGCUGAUUGCUUCGCCGUGGUCUGCCCCCGCUUGGAUGAAAACCAAUGGAAAGAUGAAUGGAAACGGUACAAUGAUCGGCAAUCCAGGUUCAAAGUAUUAUAAUACAUGGGCGGACUAUUUUGUUAGAUUCUUGACUGAAUAUAAAAAGUUGAACAUUACAUUUUGGGCUGUUACGGCACAGAACGAGCCAUCAACCGGCUUCAUUUACAAUUACAGCUUCCAGACAAUGGGAUUCACUGCUGAAAUGCAGAGGGAUUUUGUAAAAUACGACCUUGGCCCAGCGCUUAAUCUCGGUGGCUACCAGGAUGUACACCUGAUGGUUUUGGAUGACCAACGGCUACUGCUGCCAAAAUGGGCAAAAACGGUGCUCCUUGAUGUCGCUGCCAGAAAGUUCGUCUCGUUUAUCGCCGUCCAUUGGUAUGCGGACAUGAUAACACCCGUAGGAGUGCUGGAAGCGACACAUGAUCUUUUUCCGAACGUGCCAAUUAUUGGAUCUGAAGCGUCGCAGGGAUUUGCGUUCUGGGAACGGCGAGGACCAGUUCUUGGAAGUUGGCAUCGUGCCGAGAAAUAUGCUCAUUUUAUAAUCAGUGAUUUGAACCAUUGGGUUUCAGGUUGGGUUGAAUGGAACUUGAUUUUGGAUUGGCAGGGCGGUCCAAACUGGGCCAAAAACUAUCUCGAUAGUCCGGUAAUUAAAACGGGUACCGACGAGUUCGUGAAGCAACCGAUGUUUUACGCGAUCGGUCACUUCAGCAAAUUCAUUACCCCUGGUGCAGUUAAUAUUCACCUUAAAAUUAUGCCUUCCGACCUUGCUUUGGAGGGCACUUCAUUCAUCAGAACAGAUGUGAUAGUUACGAAUCCAGUGACUGACGCUGCCUUAAACGUUACCCUUCCGUGGAUGAGUAUCAAUACGUUGCUUUGGCGGAGCUAA